GGGGCGCGUUGUCACCGUCACCGUCACCAUCACCGUCACCCACAGCGGAGCGCCCCAUGGGGACGGGGGGGGCACGGCUGGGGUGGCUGCUGGCAGCCAUCGCAGUGACGGUGACAAUACAGACCUUCAGUGCCACCACCACUGAUGUCACCUCCACUGAUGUCACCUCCAUUGAUGUCACCUCCAUUGAUGUCACCUCCAUUGAUGAUGUCACCACCAGUGACAAUGUCACCACCAGUGACAAUGUCACCUCCACACGGACCUCUGUCACCACAGGGGGGACCUCCGUGGGUUCCCCCACCCCUCCAUGGACCUCCAUGGAUGUCACCACCAUGGAGGUGACACCGUCGGCCCACAGCAGUGUCACCUCCGCUGCUGUCACCUCCUCAGAUGUCACCUCCUCAGAGGUCACCCCCACGGGUGGCACCACCAGCGAUGUCACCUCCACUGCUGUCACCUCCACUGUCACCCCCUCAGAUGUCACCUCCACUGCUGUCACCCCCAAUGGAGCCACCCCAACAGAUGUCACCCCCACUGCUGUCACCUCCACGGGCUCAACCUCCUCUGAUGCCACCUCAACAGCUGUCACCUCCACUGCUGUCACCCCCACAGCUGUCACCUCCUCUGCUGACACCUCCACUGCUGUCACCUCCACGGAUGCCACCACCAGUGAUGUCACCUCCACUGCUGUCUCCAUCUCAGAUGCCACCACCACAGCUGUCACCUCCGCUGUCACCCCCACAGAUGCCACCUCCUCUGCUGUCACCUCCACUGUCACCUCCACUGAUGUGACCCCAUCACCCCCUCCCUCGACCCCAUCAGUGUCCCCUACAGCCUCUGCUACAACUGAAGGUCCCUCCACUGCUGUCACCUCCACUGUCACCUCCACUGUCACCUCCACUGCUGUCUCCCCCUCAGAUGUCACCUCCACUGCUGUCACCUCCACUGCUGCCACCCCCACAGAUGCCACCUCUUCUGCUGUCCCCUCCACAGCUGUCCCCCCAUCAACCCCUCCCCUGACCCCAUCAGUGUCCACUACAGCGUCUGCUACAACUGAGGGGCCCUCCUCUGCUGUCACCUCCACUGUCACCUCCACUGUCACCUCCACUGAUGUGACCCCAUCACCGCCUCCCUCGACCCCAUCAGUGUCCCCUUCAGCCUCUGCUACAACCGAAGGACCCUCCUCUGUUCUCACCUCCACUGCUGUCACCACCUCUGCUGUCACCCCCACAGCUGACACCUCAACUGCCACCUCCACGGGUGGCACGACCGUCGAUGUCACCUCUACUGAUGCCACCACUGCUGUCACCUCCACUGCUGUCUCCACCAUUGAUGUCACCUCCACUGUCACCCCCACAGAUGUCACCUCCACCUCCGAUGCCACCUCCACAUCUGUCCCCCCAUCAACCCCUCUCCUGACCGUAUCAGUGUCCCCUUCAGCCUCUGCUACAACUGAAGGACCCUCCUCUGCUGUCACCUCCACUGUCACCUCCACUGUCACCUCCACUGUCACCUCCACUGCUGUCUCCCCCUCCGAUGACACCUCCACAGCUGUCACCUCCACAGACGCCACCACCCCCACAGCUGUCACCUCCACUGCUGUCUCCACCUCAGCUGUCACCUCCACUGCUGACACCUCCACUGUCACCUCCACGGGUGGCACCACCAUCGGUGUCACCUCCACUGCUGUCACCCCCACAGAUGUCACCUCCACUGUCACCACCACAGCUGUCACCUCCACUGCCACCUCCACUGAUGCCACCACCAUUAUUGAUGUCACCUCCACUGCUGUCUCCACCUCAGAUGCCACCUCCACUGCUGUCACCUCCGCUGUCACCACCUCCGAUGUCACCUCCUCUGCUGUCACCUCCUCUGCUGUCACCUCCACUGUCACCUCCACAGCUGUCACCUCUACAGCUGUCACCUCCACUGAUGCCACCACUAUCGAUGUCACCUCUGCUGUCACCUCCAUUGGUACCUCCACCUCAGAUGCCACCUCCACUGCUGUCACCUCCACCGCUGUCACCUCCAGUGCUGUCACCCCCACUGCUGUCACCUCCACUGUCACCACCACAGCUGUCACCUCCUCUGCUGUCACCUCCUCUGCUGACACCUCAACUGUCACCUCCACGGGUGGCACCACCAUCGAUGUCACCCCCACAGCUGUCACCUCCACUGCUGUCACCUCCACGGAUGCCACCACCACUAUAGGUGUCACCCCCACUGCUGUCCCCACCACAGAUGCCACCUCCUCUGGUGUCACCUCCACUGCCACUCCCACGGGUGGCACCACCAUUGAAGUCACCUCCACUGCUGUCAUCUCCCCAUCAGAUGUCACCUCCACUGCUGUCACCUCCACCGUCACCCCCACGGAUGCCACCUCUACUGCUGUCACCCCCACUGUCACCCUCACAGCGGUCACCUCUACAGCUGCCACCUCCACAGAUGCCACCACCUCAGAUGCCACCUCUACUGCUGUCACCUCCACUGCUGUCACCCCCACAGCUGUCACCUCCACUGCCACCUCCACGGAUGCCACCACCAUUAUUGAUGUCACCUCCACUGCUGUCUCCACCUCAGAUGCCACCUCCACUGCUGUCACCUCCGCUGUCACCACCUCCGAUGUCACCUCCUCUGCUGUCACCUCCUCUGCUGACACCUCAACUGCCACCACCCCCACAGAUGCCACCUCCUCUGCUGUCACCUCCACUGUCACCGCCACUACUGUCACCUCUACAGCUGUCACCUCCACUGAUGCCACCACUAUCGAUGUCACCUCUGCUGUCACCUCCAUUGGUACCUCCACCUCAGAUGCCACCUCCACUGCUGUCACCUCCGCUGUCACCCCCACAGCUGUCACCUCCCCUGCUGACACCUCAACUGCCACCUCCACGGGUGGCGCCACCAUCGAUGUCACCUCCACUGCUGUCACCCCCACAGAUGUCACCUCCACUGUCACCACCACAGCUGUCACCUCCACUGCCACCUCCACGGAUGCCACCACCAUUAUUGAUGUCACCUCCACUGCUGUCUCCACCUCAGAUGCCACCUCCACUGCUGUCCCCUCCACAGCUGUCACCUCCACUGUCACCUCCACUGUCACCUCCUCUGCUGUCACCUCCUCUGCUGACACCUCAACUGUCACCUCCACGGGUGGCACCACCAUCGAUGUCACCCCCACAGCUGUCACCUCUACAGCUGUCACCUCCACGGAUGCCACCACCACUAUAGGUGUCACCCCCACUGCUGUCCCCACCACAGAUGCCACCUCCUCUGGUGUCACCUCCACUGCCACUCCCACGGGUGGCACCACCAUUGAAGUCACCUCCACUGCUGUCACCUCCACUUCAGAUGUCACCUCCACUGCUGUCACCUCCACCGUCACCCCCACGGAUGCCACCUCUACUGCUGUCACCACCAUCGAUGUCACCUCCUCUGCUGUCACCUCCACUGUCACCCCCACGGAUGCCACCUCUACUGCUGUCACCCCCACUGUCACCCUCACAGCGGUCACCUCUACAGCUGCCACCUCCACAGAUGCCACCACCUCAGAUGCCACCUCUACUGCUGUCACCUCCACUGGUGGCACCUCCACAGAUGUCACCUCUACAGCCGUCACCACCAUCGAUGUCACCUCCUCUGCUGUCACCUCCACUGUCACCCCCACAGAUGUCACCUCAACUGCCACCACCUCCACUGCUGUCACCUCCAUGGAUGCCACCACCACUACAGAUGUCACCUCCACAGCUGUCACCUCCACUGUCACCCCCACAGAUGCCACCUCUACUGCUGUCACUCCCACGACUGUCACCUCCACGGGUGCCACCACCAUCGGUGUCACUACCACUGCUGUCACCUCCCCAGAUGUCACCUCCUCUGCUGUCACCUCCACAGCUGUCACCUCCUCGGAUGUCACCUCCACUGAUGUCACCUCCACAGCUGCCACCUCCACCGGUGCCACCACCAUUGAUGUCACCUCCACUGCUGUCACCCCUACAGCUGUCACCUCUACAGCUGCCACCUCCACAGAUGCCACCACCUCAGAUGCCACCUCUACAGGUGGCACCUCCACUGCUGUCACCUCCACUGCUGUCACCUCCACAGAUGCCACAUCUACUGCUGUCACCUCCACUGGUGGCACCACCACAGCUGUCACCUCUACAGCCGCCACCACCAUCGACGUCACCUCCACUGCUGUCACCUCCAUUGUCACCCCCACUGCUGUCACCCCCACUUCUGUCACCCCCAUGGAUGCCACCACCACUACAGAUGUCACCUCCACUGCUGUCACCUCCACUGUCACCCCCACAGAUGCCACCUCUACUGCUGUCACUCCCACGACUGUCACCUCCACGGGUGGCACCACCAGCGAUGUCACCACCACUGCUGUCACCUCCCCAGAUGUCACCUCCUCUCCGGUCACCUCCACUGCUGUCACCUCUGAUGCCACCUCCACAGCUGUCACCUCCUCGGAUGUCACCUCCACUGCUGUAACCACCUCUGCUGUCACCCCCACAGAUGUCACCUCUACUGCCACCUCCUCCACUGCUGUCACCUCCUCUGAUGCCACCUCCACUGCUGUCACCUCCCCAGAUGUCACCUCCACAGCUGCCACCUCCACCGGUGCCACCACCAUUGAUGUCACCUCCACUGCUGUCACCCCUACAGCUGUCACCUCUACAGCUGCCACCUCCACAGAUGCCACCACCUCAGAUGCCACCUCUACAGGUGGCACCUCCACUGCUGUCACCUCCACUGGUGACACCACCACAGCUGUCACCUCUACAGACGUCACCACCACUGGAGCCACCGCCACAGAUGUCACCUCAACUGCUGCCACCUCCUCAGAUGCCACCACCACUAUCGAUGUCACCUCCACUGUCACCCCCACAGCUGUCACCUCCACGGGUAGCACCACCACAGAUGUCACCACCAUUGACGUCACCCCCUCAGCUGUCACCUCCGCUGCUGUCACCUCCACUGCUGUCCCCCCAACUGAUGAGACCACCACGGCUGUCACCCCCACGGCUGUCACCUCAACGGCCACCUCCGCUGGUGUUACCACCGUCGAUGUCACUUCAACUGCUGUCACCCCCACGGAUGCCACCACUGUAGAUGUCACCUCCACUGUCACCCCCUCCGAUGUCACCUCCACUGCUGUCACCCCCACAGAUGUCACCUACACAACCAUCACCUCCACUGAUGUCACUUCUGGCGUUACCUCCACUGCUGUCACCUCUACGGAUGCCACUCCCACAGCUGUCACCUCCACAGGCACCACUUCUGCUGUCACCUCCACCGAUGUCACCUCCACUGAUGUCACCUCUACAGAUGCCACCUCCACUGCUGUCACCUCCACAGGCGAAACCUCCACUGUCACCCACUCUGCUACCGCCUCCACUGCUGUCACCUCCGCUGAUGUCACCACCACUGCCAUCACCACCUCUGCUGUCACCCCCACAGCUGUCACCUCCACUGCUGUCACUUCUACUGCUGUCACCUCCACCGAUGUCACCUCCUCCGCUGUCACCUCCACUGCCGUCACCCAAACAGAAGUCACCUCCACUACUGUCACCUCCAGUGGUGUCACGUCCUCUGCUGUCACCUCCACUGCUGUCACCCCCACUGAAGUCACCUCAUCUGUUGUCACCUCUACUGCCAUCACCUCCACUGCUGUCACCCCCACAGAUGCCACCUCAUCUGCUGUCACCACCACUGCCAUCACCUCCUCCGAUGCCACCUCCCCACAUGUCACCUCCACAGCUGUCACCUCCACUGGAGUCACCUCCACGGAUGUCACCUCCACUGCUGUCACCUCCACGGGUGCCACCACCAUCGAUGUCACCUCCACUGGAGCCACCCCCACAGCUGUCACCUCCACUGCUGUCACCUCCCCUGAUGUCACCUCUACUGAUGCCACCUCCACUGUGGACACCACCUCCGAUGUCACCUCCUCUCCUGUCACCUCCACUGCUGUCACCUCUCCAGAUGUCACCUCUGAUGCCACCUUCACAACUGUCACCUCCUCGGAUGUCACCUCCACUGCUGUCACCCCUACAGAAGCCACCUCAUCUGCUGUCACCCCCAGUGCCAUCACCCCCACAGAUGUCACCUCCACAACUGUCACCCCCACUGGAGUCACCUCCACGGAUGUCACUUCCACUGCUGUCACCUCCACGGGUGCCACCACCAUCGAUGUCACCUCCACUGGAGCCACCCCCACAGAUGUCACUUCUACUGCUGUCACCUCCCCAGAUGUCACCUCCUCUGCUGUCACCUCCACUGCUGUAACCACCUCUGCUGUCACCCCCACAGCUGUCACCUCUACUGCCAUCACUUCCACUGCUGUCACCCCCACAGAUGCCACCUCCACUGCUGACACCUCCUCUGAUGCCACCUCCACUGCUGUAACCACCUCCGCUGUCACCCCCACAGCUGUCACCUCUACUGCCACCUCAUCCCCCACUGCUGUCACCUCCACUGCUGUCACCCCCACCGAUGUCACCUCCACUGCCGUCACCCCCACAGACAUCACCUCCACUACUGUCACCUCCACUGCUGUCACCCCCACUGGAGUCACCUCCACAGAUGUCACCUCUACAGCUGUCACCUCCACGGGUGCCACUACCAUCGAUGUCACCUCCACUGGAGCCACCCCCACAGAUGUCACUUCCACUGCUGUCACCUCCCCUGAUGUCACCUCUGAUGCCACCUCCACAGCUGUCACCUCCUCGGAUGACACCUCCACUGCUGUAACCACCUCCGCUGUCACCCCCACAGAUGUCACCUCUACAGCUGUCACCCCCAGUGCCAUCACCCCCACAGAUGUCACCUCCACUGCUGUCACCUCCACGGAUGUCACCUCCACGGAUGUCACCUCUAUAGCUGUCACCUCCACGGGUGCCACCACCACCGAUGUCACUUCUACUGCUGUCACCUCCCCAGAUGUCACCUCCUCUGCUGUCACCUCCACUGCUGUAACCACCUCCACUGUCACCCCCACAGAUGUCACCUCUACUGCCACCUCCUCCACUGCUGUCACCUCCUCUGAUGCCACCUCCACUGCUGUCACCACCACUGCCAUCACCUCUACCGAUGUCACCUCCACAGCUGUUACUCCCACUGAUGCCACCUCCACUGUUGUCACCUCUACAGAUGCCACCUCCAGUGGUGUCACCUCCAGCAGUGUCACCCCCACAGCUGUCACCUCCACUGCUGUCACUUCCACUGAUACCACCUCUACUGUCGUCACCCCCACCGAUGUCACCUCCACUGCUGUCACCCCCACUGAUGCCACCUCUACUGUCAUCACCCCCACAGAUGUCACCUCUACAGCUGUCAGCUCCACAGGCACCACCUCUGCUGUCACCCCCACCGAUGUCACCUCCACUGCUGUCACCCCCACAGAUGUCACCUACACAACCAUCACCUCCACUGAUGUCACUUCUGGUGUCACUUCCACUGAUGUCACCCCCACAGAUGCCACCUCCACUGCUGUCACCUCCACUGAUGUCACCUCAUCUGCUGUCACCACCACUGCCAUCACCUCCUCCGAUGCCACCUCCACUGAUGUCACCUCCACUGCCGUCACCCCCACAGCUGUCACCUCCACUGCUGUCACCUCCACUGAUGCCACCUCUACUGUUGUCACCCCCACUGAUGUCACCUCCACUGAUGUCACCUCCACUGCUGUCACCUCCACUGAUGCCACCUCUACUGUUGUCACCCCCACUGAUGUCACCUCCACUGAUGUCACCUCAUCUGCUGUCACCACCACUGCCAUCACCUCCACUGAUGUCACCUCAUCUGCUGUCACCACCACGGAUGCCACCUCUACUGUCGUCACCCCCACUGAUGUCACCCCCACAGCUGUCACCCCCACUGAUGCCACCUCCACUGCUGUCACCCCAACAGACGUCACCUCAUCUGUUGUCACCGCCACUGCCACCACCCCCACAAAUGUCACCUCCACUGCUGUCACCCCAACAGACGUCACCUCCACUGCUGUCACCCCCACCAAUGUCACCUCCACUGCUGUCACCCCCACGGGUUCCACCUCUACUAUCGUCACCCCCACUGAUGUCACCUCUACAGCUGUCACCACCCCCGUCGUCACCACCCCUUCAGGUGUGUGUUACAAUGGUGGCACCCACGACGGCAUUAAGUGCCUCUGCCUCUCCGACUAUUACGGCCCCCAAUGCGAGUUCCCCACCGACGUCAUCGACACCUCCGUCUCAUCCUCCAUUGGCACGGUGGCGGUGGCAGAGCUGGUGGUCACCAUCACCAACUUCAACUACACCACGGAGAUGGAGGACCAACAGUCAGAAGUGUACCGCGAGUUCGGGGAGCACUUCCGGAAGGAGGUCAGGAAGAUCUAUGGGGACGUUCCCGGCUAUGAGGGCGUCGUCAUCGUCGGCCUCAGCCCCGUCACCACAGCACUGAGCGGUCGCGGCCCUAUAAGCGGAUCCCGUGUUCGGAGGGACACCAAUUUUGGGGUCGGGGUGGUGGUGGCCCAUGAGGUCGUCGUCAGCACCGACACCGCCGGCCCCAAUGUCACCGCGGAGCUCAAUGGGGUCACCGCAGCUCUGGUGGAGAAACUCCGCCAGACCGAAAGCAGCCAGGGGGACUGCCAGCACAACACAUCCGUCCUUUGCCUCACGGUGUCGCCGGACCCCAUUGUGUCAGGACUGACCCCCACAAAAUCCUUGGAUGCUCUGUGCUCCUCGUUGGCCCCCGUUGGCUUCCAGCCCUUUUACUACGCCGUCACUUCGGGCCCCACCGUGCGCUGCGUCACCGCCUGCGCCCCCAACACCGCCCACACCAUCGACUGCAACAGCGGCCACUGCAGGGUGUCCACCGCCGGCCCACACUGCCAGUGUUGGGACGGCGCCCUCUAUUGGUACGCGGGGCAGCGCUGCACGGGACGGGUCAGCAAAGUGGGCUUCGGGCUGGGACUGCUGGCGGCCCUUCUGCUGCUGCUCUGCGCCGCACUCACAGCGCUGCUGCUCAGGAGGAGGGCGAGAUCCGCAGCGCCCCCCUCCGACGGCGCCCAUUGGUACGAGUUGGACUCCGCCGCGUGGCCCUCCCCCGACGGCUUCGCGUACCGCAACAGCGCCGCAGGCUGCUCCCUUCGCAGUUUCACGCCCUCAUUGGACGCAGUGAAUACCUCCGUCCCGAUGCAGAUCGCCCGACCCACCGUACACACGCGCUUCUGAGCCCCCCCUAUGGGGGAACCGCAGCCGGACCCACAACUUCGUCUGCCCCACAACUGCCCCACAUCUGCUCCAUAGCUGCCCCACAACUGCCUGUCUGCCUCACUUCUGCCCCAUAACUGCCUGUCUGCCUCACUUCUGCCCCACAUCUGCCCCACAUCUGCCCCAUAACUGCCCCAUAGCUGCCUGUCUGCCUCACACCUGCCCCACAUCUGCCCCAUAACUGCCUGUCUGCCUCACUUCUGCCCCACAGCUGCCCCACGUCUACCCCACAUCUGCCCCACAUCUGCCUGUCUGCCUCGCGUCUGCCCCACAUCUGCCUGUCUGCCUCACUUCUGCCCCACAGCUGCCCCACAACCGCCUGUCUGCCUCAUUUCUGCCCCACAUCUGCCCCAUAGCUGCCCCAUAACUGCCUGUCUGCCUCACUUCUGCCCCACAUCUGCCCCAUAGCUGCCUGUCUGCCCCACAUCUGCCUCACAUCUGCCCCACAACUGCCUGUCUACCUCACUUCUGCCCCACAUCUGCCCCACAUCUGCCCCAUAACUGCCCCAUAGCUGCCGGUCUGCCUCACAUCUGCCUCACAUCUGCCCCAUAACUGCCCCAUAGCUGCCUGUCUACCUCACUUCUGCCCCACAUCUGCCCCGUAGCUGCCUAUCUGCCCCACAUCUGCCUCACAUCUGCCCCACAUCUGCCUGUCUACCUCACUUCUGCCCCAUAACUGCCCCACAUCGGCCUCACAUCUGCCCCACAACUGCCCCAUAACUGCCCCAUAACUGCCUGUCUACCUCACUUCUGCCCCACAUCUGCCUCACGUCCGCCCCACAUCUGCACGCAGGCCGUGCCCCUCCCCCCUUAUUUAUUAUUUAUUAAUGCAAUAAAUUAAUGAAUGGCUUUAA